AUGAAGACCAUAUUGCAACAGAUAAUCCAAGGACAAGCUAAUAGUGCCUUAGAGUUGAACAAGAGGAUGGUUGAGAUUCACAAUAAGGUUGAUUGCUCAUACAAUGAUCUAAACAACAAGUUUGAGUCUCUAACUACCAAAGUGCUUACCUUGGAAGCUAAAGUUGGUGGUUCUUCAUCAUCAAGUACAAAGGAGUAUUGUCAUGCAGUUUUCUCUACUAAAGAUGGUGUGGCUGAGACUGAAGAGAAUGAGAGAGCUAUAGAAGAACUUUACAGGCUCCUUCAUGGUACAAGUGUUGAGAUUUCUGUGAAUGAGGAGACUUCUCAAGCUGAAAAACGAAAUGCCAAGGAGGAAGCCUCAAAGAUUGUUGCAAGAGAAGAAACCAUCAAGGUUGAGCCUCCUCUUUACAAACCAGAGCUUCCAUUUCCUGAGAGAGUUCUCACUAAAACUCAAAAGAAGAGAGUGGCAGCGCUUCUUGAGCUCUCUACACCACCAGAUCCUGCCCAUAUCACGCCAACCUCCAUUCCCAAGCUUGAGAAACAAGGGAAGUUCACAUUGCCUUGCACCCUUGGAGAUUUGAAGCUUGAUGAUGCUCUUGUGGAUUCUGGAGCAAGUGUGAAUCUGAUAUCACUUGCCAUGGUUAAGCAACUGGGUAUAAAGAGCAUGACGCCUCCUACAUCUUCUAUCAUGUUUGGAGAUGCCUCUUCUAAGUCUCCACUUGGUCUAAUCAAGGAUUACCCUUUAAAGAUAGGAGACUGCAAGGUUCCAACUGAUCUGACUGUUUUGGGUAUGUAUGGCGAUAAGGAAGUACCAUUGAUCCUUGGAACACCAUUCCUUACAACUGUUGGAGCCUCAAUUGACUUUCACAAGAAGCUGGUCACUCUCCACAAUAUCAACAGCAAGGUUGCAUACCCAAUGAAGGUUUCUUCAACAAGUUAUUGUGGAACCAUAACCAUUGCCAAUUCCAGCUUCAAGAAGGACAAGGUUGAGUGUGACAAAGUUGUGCAUGUGCUUGAUGAGUGUGGAGAAGAUAUUAUGGAUGGAGAGUGUCUCAUUGAUAUGUUUAGUGAGCACAUGGGACGUGCUCAGAAGGAGGAGGUGUGUAGAGGCAGAGAGGCCACUCUUAAGAGAAAGAAAAAGAUGGAGAAACCACAUCCUCACUCUCUUGAUCCAUCCCCAGGUGAUCCAGUCAAACCCCACGGUUCUCUUGCUCAUGCCAUGGAUACCACUGUCAAAGGCGUGCAGCCCUUCACCAUUCACUAG